GCCCUUGACCCGAGGGUAUAAAGCAGGGGGUCUCUGUUCCUCGUUGGACUUUCCCAAACAGCGAAGCAGGAGCUGAGACAGGACCACAAGGACUUGCCGUGGGCCCAGCAUGAUGUCCUAUGGAGAGAGACUGGGGGGACCAGCUGUCUCCCCACUUCCAGUCCGUGGGAGGCAUGUGGUGCACGGGGCAGCCUUUGCUUAUGUGCCCAGUCCACAGGUCCUGCAUAGGAUUCCAGGGACGCCCACCUACGCCUUCUCCGGCCUGAGCCCGGUGACCCUCACAGAGCACAGCUGUCCCUAUGGGGAGGUCCUGGAGUGCCAUGAGCCACUACCUGCCAAGCUGGCCCAGGAAGAGGAGCAAAAGCCAGAGCCCAGGCUGCUCCAAAAGCUUGCCCAGGUUGGCACGAAGCUCCUAAAGGUGCCCCUCAUGCUGGCUUUCCUUUACUUCUUUGUCUGCUCUCUGGACGUGCUCAGCUCUGCCUUCCAGCUGGCUGGAGGGAAGGUGGCUGGUGACAUCUUCAAGGACAAUGCCAUCCUGUCCAACCCAGUGGCGGGGCUGGUGGUGGGGAUUCUGGUGACCGUGCUGGUACAGAGCUCCAGUACCUCCACCUCCAUCAUUGUCAGCAUGGUGUCCUCUGGCUUGCUGGAGGUGAGCUCUGCCAUCCCAAUUAUCAUGGGCUCCAACAUCGGCACCUCCGUCACCAACACCAUCGUGGCACUGAUGCAGGCGGGGGACAGGACCGACUUCAGGCGGGCCUUUGCAGGGGCCACGGUGCACGACUGCUUUAACUGGCUGUCUGUCCUGGCCCUGCUGCCGCUGGAGGCCGCCACGGGCUACCUGCACCAUGUCACUGGGCUUGUGGUUGCCUCCUUCAACAUCCGCGGUGGCCGGGAUGCUCCUGACCUUCUCAAGGUCAUCACAGAACCCUUCACAAGGCUCAUCAUUCAGCUGGACAAGUCUGUGAUCACCAGCAUUGCUGUGGGGGACGAGUCCCUGAGGAAUCACAGUCUCAUCCGGAUUUGGUGCCACACAGACCCAACAGAGGCUUCCACUUCUAUGUCCAGGGCAGAGGCCAACGCCAGCCUUGCAAAUACCACCAGGGAGAAAUGCAACCACAUCUUUGUAGACACGGGGCUGCCGGACUUGGCUGUGGGGCUCAUCCUGCUGGCUGGCUCCCUGGUGGUUCUGUGCAGUUGUCUUAUCCUCCUUGUCAAGAUGCUCAACUCUCUGCUCAAGGGCCAAGUGGCCAAUGUCAUCCAGAAGGUCAUCAACACAGACUUUCCAGCCCCCUUCACCUGGGUCACAGGCUACUUUGCCAUGGUCGUGGGUGCCAGCAUGACCUUCGUUGUCCAGAGCAGUUCUGUGUUCACGUCAGCCAUCACCCCACUCAUCGGCCUGGGUGUCAUCAGCAUCGAGCGGGCCUACCCCCUCACACUGGGCUCCAACAUUGGCACCACCACCACAGCCAUUCUGGCAGCUCUGGCCAGCCCCAGGGAGAAGCUGUCCAGCUCCUUUCAGAUCGCCCUCUGCCACUUCUUCUUUAACAUCUCGGGCAUCCUGCUGUGGUACCCGCUGCCCUGCACGCGCCUGCCCAUCCGCAUGGCCAAGGCGCUGGGCAAACGCACCGCCAAGUACCGCUGGUUCGCCGUCCUCUACCUCCUCGUGUGCUUCCUGCUUUUGCCCUCCCUGGUGUUUGGCAUUUCCAUGGCGGGCUGGCAGGCUAUGGUCGGCGUGGGCGCGCCCUUCGGCGCCCUGCUGGCCUUCGUGGUGCUCGUUAACGUCCUGCAGAACCGAAGUCCCGGGCACCUGCCCCGGUGGCUGCGGACCUGGGACUUCCUGCCGCGCUGGAUGCGCUCCCUGCAGCCGCUGGACCGCCUCAUCACACGGGCCACCCUGUGCUACGCCAGGCCUGAGCCCCGCUCACCCCAGCUUCCCGCCAGAGUCUUCCUGGAGGAGCUCCCGCCCGCCACGCCCUCGCCCCGCCUGGCCCUGCCCGCUCACCACCUCGCCACCCGCCUCUAGGCUGCGGGCCCAGACUGCUGCCUGGAGCAGGGAACGCGGUUCUCACGGAGCUCACGGCGCAGGGGCAGAGGUGUCGACGCGCGUCGCUUGCGGUGUCACCUUUGGUUACCUUGCCCAUAGGUGCGGGGCCACAGCGGGGAGGGAGUUUGUAGCUAAGGGGCAGAGUACACAGACACGCAUCAGGCGGCGGGUGUGAGACCACCGGAUGGUGCAGAAGUCCAUGUGUGCACACUGCGUGGGCACAGGGGUGCGCGUGGGCAGAUGCCUGCAGGGCCUCUGGACGUUGGUGGAGCAGCGAGCUGCGUCCUGUCCUCUGCUCGCAAGCCUUGCACGUGAUGGACAGAAGCACGCCCGCCCUCUGUCCAGUGGGCCGUACCCUGGCCGAUCCUGACAACUGUGGGCGGAAAGGCGUAAAACUUGCACCAGCGCUGAUAAUAUACGGGCUUUAAAAUCA